AUCCAAUCAUUUGAUUGUGAACCAACAAACACCCAGACGAAUCACAUUAUAAUGGCAGAGCUGGAUGAGAACAAUGUCUCUGUUACUUCUCCAGAACUUAUCAACGAUACAGUCGCAAUGACUGAACUUCUUUCUUUCCCAGCCAAUACACCCUCUUCCUCUGCAAAGUCCGCCUGUGAUCCUCCCAGUACGUCAGCCCGGCAACUCUUGAGAGAUAGACUCUUCAUUGGGAACUUACACCCUACCGUGGACGAGUAUACUCUCCUCCAAAUCUUCACCAAGUUUGGCAAAGUCACAAAGUUGGACUUUCUCUUUCACAAGUCUGGAGUGCUGAAGGGAAAGCCUCGGGGCUAUGCGUUUCUCGAGUAUGGCAGUCACAACGAAGCACAGAAAGCCUUGAAUUCUGCCAAUGGCAAGCUACUCCGUGGCCGAAAACUAGCAGUCACAUAUGCUAAUCAAGCACCUUCUGACGCCGACGGUGGAGUCAGUAGGCAGCGAAAGACGAUGAUGGAAACUGGGCGUCCGACCACACUGAGUAUGCUGAAGAGUAACACGGGGGGUAAACAUAAAGAUGGCACAACAAAUAAAAUAGCUAUGAUGGAGGCGAAGCUUCGUGAGCUGGAAGCUUCAAAGCCAAAACAUAACACUGAGCCUGGUACUUCGACACUCCCAACUUCGAGUCUUCCAACUCAUCCCUCACUCCCUCCCAAACCCCCACUGACUGUCCCUAAUGUCGGCGUGCCCCAGUCACAAAAUCCGACUGUACCCAAGCAGUCUUUGACUGCGUCGUUUGCCCCCCUUUUGCGCUCUUCGUCGACUUCAAAUCAUCACUCGCCAACUGGAUCCGAGCCACUUACAAAGAAGAUCAAACUCGCAUCAACUUCCGGCCCUCCUGAAGUAGCAAAGCGCAAAAGUAGCGGAAAGGGUCUCCUGGGCGUGAAGAUUGUGAAGAAAUGGACCUCCCCAUCACCCAUGCCUCCUUCCAGUAGUGAUGAUCACAUUGUCGACCACCAUCAUAAUCAAGAGCCACCUGUUUCCUCAUCAUCCCAUGCACUGACAGAUACACGCACUGCCUGACACUGCAACCAGUGGCAUCAAGGUGUACAAUCUUUUCGUCGAUGAUAAUAACGGCGCUCAUCUAUCUCUAUCUUUGCAGUACACUCCAUAUUCUUGUUCAAAUAUUCAAUGGAAUUGGUUAUAUAAACAGCCUUUCUAUAAUUAUAGUCUGACUAGGUUCAAAUUCAAUGGAGGGUAUUCUUGUGCGGUUUUCACCGCGAGCAUUCGAUAAAAUUCUGUCUAUAUAUCAUUUUAGCUUCGUGAUUGAUGCUUUCCCAA